AUGCUAUCGCUACCAAUGGUUGCUCCGCGGGCGGACGCCAGCCUAUGGCCCUCCCACCGCGUGACCAACUCUUUCCCCUCAGAAGACCUCUCCACGUCCCCUCCAAACAACACACCACACCCACACCCGCAACAACGACGCCCAACUCACCGCACGUCCACUCUCCUCGCAACCCUCACCCAAGAUGAGAAUAUCUUCGAGCAACGCAAGGCAAACGUACAACGCUUCGGAGCCGGGUGGAUUAGGCCUCCGGGUGUCACCAAAACGCUCCAGGCAACCACAGACGAGGAGCUUGAGAAGCAAGAACAGGAGAUCAUGGCGCGCCGCGAGCAAGUUAUGAUGGACCUUGCGGCAGCCCAACAAGAAGCCACCAAUGCGGAGGAACGGCAGGAUAGGGAGGGAAUGGAGGAGAACGGGGAGGUGGAGGAGAGGGACCUGGACGACGAUGUGCCUGAGGCGGAAGCAAGCGCGAGCGAGCUGUCUGCUUCAGAUAGUUCUUCAGACGAGGAAGGCAGCGUGUCUGACACAGAAGAUGGUGCACGGGAACAGGAGAGCAUACCGUUCAACGAAGACUCAUUCAUCGAGGGGAGCAUGGUGGAGGCGGAGGUUAGCGCCAUGUUGGAAAUGGAAGAGGCCGAGAUGGCGGGUGUGUUGCAGGAUGAGCGCGACCUGGACGACGAUAUACCAGAGGCGGGUAGCUACGAGCACACGGACUCCGAGCUCGAAGACUCCAGCGACGAUGAUGCAGCAAGUCGGCUGCCAGGGAUGAGCUCUGUGAGAACAACACGCUCAAUGAGACGAAGUUCUGGGUUCCAGAGUGCACGCCGCAGCUCUGGUAGACGCAGCUCCGGACGACGUAGCUCCGGUCUUCCAAGCACGGGAGGCGCACAACAAAACCUCGGUAUUGGACACAGCAUAGGGCGUAGGAUCGACCUUGGAGCCAGUCUGGGCAAUGGGAGAAGCAGCUUUGGCAUCGAUGGCAGCAGUUCGAUCCUGGAAGGGAGCUCGUUCUUGAGAAGCUCACCAGCUGCACAGAGGCCGAGCUUGAGAGAUCAAUUCCUGAGAGCCGCGCGUGGCGGUCGGAGAGGAUGA